AUGGAGGGCAUUCAGACGCAUCCGGCAAACGCCGCGCAGGCUAAGGCCUUUACUGCUCCUGGUUCGCUGUCGUUCCCCGGCGCCUCCAACGAGCUCACGCCGCCGUCAACGAACCCCGAUGGCAGCCAGCGAAUGGCUCCCAACGGUCAGCAAGGCGCUGCUGGGAACGGGGUGACUCCUGCUACUCCCGCCGCCACGCCUGCAGCCUCUCAAGGCCCCAGUGGUAUCACACCUACUUUGCAGAACAUCGUGGCGACUGUCAAUCUCGACUGCCGAUUGGACUUGAAGACGAUCGCCCUGCACGCCAGGAACGCCGAGUACAAUCCAAAGCGUUUCGCCGCCGUCAUCAUGCGUAUCCGCGAGCCCAAGACGACAGCCCUCAUCUUCGCCUCCGGCAAGAUGGUUGUCACUGGUGCCAAGUCUGAAGACGACUCCAAGCUGGCGUCUCGCAAAUAUGCUCGUAUCAUCCAGAAGCUCGGCUUCAACGCAAAGUUCACGGACUUCAAGAUUCAGAACAUUGUUGGCUCGUGUGACAUCAAGUUCCCCAUCCGUCUGGAGGGUCUUGCCUCUCGUCACCACAACUUCAGCUCGUACGAGCCUGAACUGUUCCCGGGUCUGAUCUACCGCAUGAUCAAGCCGAAGAUUGUGCUGCUCAUCUUCGUCUCUGGCAAGAUCGUCUUGACUGGUGCGAAAGUCAGAGAGGAGAUUUACCAGGCCUUUGAAAUGAUCUACCCUGUGCUUCAAGAUUUCCGGAAAGUCUGA